AUCGAAUCGUUUUGUAUGAUCCACAGUGUACGACAUUUUAUGUGAGGGAUUUAACGCGGUAAGGUUUUUCUUCUAGUGACUUUGUGAGGACGCAAAGAUCUUUACGCGGAAAAGCAAUCUUGGAAAACGCCAGUGAUUUCGGGAAUGUUUGGAUACGACGCCUCCACUUAAAGCGAUGUAUGUUUUUUCAUUAUGCUUCGCUGAUAAUUUAUUUAUUUUAACAUCUUGCGUUUUUGUAGCUCAGCUGAUGAAGCAUUGCGUUAAAACGUAAAGGUCAUGGGUUCGAUUCCAAAGAAUGCAAAUAAACAGAAUACACUGUACAGAGUCUUUGGUUUAAAGCGUCUGUCAGAUGCAUAAAUGUAAAAAUAUGGUUCGAUGUGCUUCGUUACUUACAAGGGCAUGAACGUUCACCCCACAGCGAACUAAUCGUUUCGUACUGAUGCCCGAGGAAACCAACAUUUGGAUAAAUUGAAGUUUUGAGCAAACGCACCCACGGUGAUGCCGGAGGUCACUUCCAACAGAAGCGGCUGGAGUCCAGAAGCAUUAUGUUUUUAUGCAACACCACAGCCAUCAAAGACUGGAGCUUUUUUCUUUCACAAAUAUUGCCUCUUGUGAACAAAUCCGGGGGUUUGGUCCAUCAGAGCAUGGGUCGGGUGGAGGCGGUGACGAGCACCAUGGUGACCGCGCUGGAGCCCGACCUGAGCGGCGUAAGCGCCAGUCACCCGCCGCUAGACACUAACCACACGUCCGGGAUGGAGCACGUUUUCCAGUAUUCGUACUCUGAGAGUGACCUCCAGUUCACGGACAACAGGACCCCGCCGAGGGGCUCUAUCCAGCUGCCCAAAGCGGUGCUCUACCUGGUCAUGGCCGCGCUGGUGGUGGUGGCUGUGGCUUACGCCAUCGUGGGGCACCUGUUGAAGGACCUCGUGCAUGAGUUUGUAGAGUGGGUGUUUGCGCCACGUUCUAAUGACAGACAGAGCAAGAGUGAAGUAAACUGCAUUAGUAUGAAUGAAAUGAGUGAACUGUCUCAUCCGGUGGACUCACACUGCAUCACUUACAAUCACUCAGAAACCCAGAGAACCCUAAAGCCAGAAGAACUGGUGGUCACCAUUAAUGAAACCUCACAACCACCACGUGAAGCUCAAUCCGGAACAUAAUAAAAGAAAAGGAUCUGUUUGGAUUCAGUCUUUAUGAUGAGGAGAAAUGCAGAUUUGCUACAGGUUGAUCAGCGUCUGUGAUGUUGAGGGUCAUCACGUUGAAGUCAUGUGAUCUUCGGCAGAAGGUUCGUCAUGGGAUAAAGAAACGUGAGGAAUGCGACUUUAAAGGAACUUAAACCAUUCACUAAUAACGUACUGUAUAUCACACACUCUAUGAACUUCUGACAACUCUUUAUUGGAGUGCUGAGAGAGACCUUACAUUUCCAAAAGGAUAUGGACAUGGAGAAAAGAGACAUCCUUCAGUCUUGUCACGUAAUAUUGUAGAUUUUUUUCUUGUUUUGUGGAGACACGCACUGUGAAUCUGUAAUAGUGUUCCUCUGUUAUCCAUUUCAUACUACUAACUGAUUCCUUCCACUUUGCAGAUAUUGAAUGUUCUGGACCACUUUGUAGUUCUUGCAGUUACUCACAAAUCACUUUUAAGUUUUCUCGAAAAAAGAAUGAAAAUACUACUGAACUGCUGGCAAAGUGUUCCUUGAAAUGUCAGAUAUAAAGAUCACUCAGACAAAUGGAGAAAACAAAUAUUAUGUGUUCUGUAAUUAAAGUAAACACCACACACUCAAAAUAUAAAUUUCAGUUAGAAUAUAACAGUUAAAUACACACAUAAAUUAUAUCUAUAUGCCGUCAUAUUCUUUUAAAGAUUCAUUCAUUUGUUUACUUCACAAAUAAGGGCUAUAAGUUCAGGUUUCAUUGUAAAUAGUUUCUUCUCUGCUUUUGUCAACAGAGAUUUGAAUUUGUUAAUCCUUACAAUAUUUUGUAAAUCAAAGUAGAUUUGCGAAAUGGGUUUGUUAACAUAUAAACUCAAUUGUUUUCAACUUGCAAAAGAAAGGGUAUAAAAAUGACAUCAUUGUUAAUUAGAUUAGCACAGAUUUACUGAAACAAUAUGUAGUUUUCUCUGUCCACUUUUCCAUGUACUUGUGUUUUUAAGGAUUGUUUUGAUCUCUGUUGCCAAACUGUAAUGACCUGUCACAUACAAAACACAAUGCAAACAAACUGUUAUGUUGUAAUACAUUUGUCUGGUUAAGUCUCAAACGUCAUGUAACAAUAAUGGAAAAGAUGUUCAAAAGAUGUUUUUUUUUCCUGUUAUGUACGUUCUAAACAUUACAUAAAAACACACU